AUGCCUAUGUACCCACGUAAGGGUCUCAUCACCGAACCAUACAACCCAGAGAACAUCAUCAUACAAGACGACCAAUACCCACCUGAUUGCUAUACCGAGAACACCUUCUACUGUGCUCAACCUCGUCUGCAAUCACCUUUCCAAUACCCAAGUGUACAGCUCUCCCCGCCCUCUUCCGCGCCUUCUUCUCCCACUUUCUCCUCCCCGACCUUCUCAACCUCCUACCCGCAGACGUCGGACUCUCAGUCUUUGGGGGCUCCUUCGAUGACCCCAGCGUCUUCAUACGACCCGUCGUUUGACUACCAGGGUUCCAAUUCGCCUUCUCACUACCUUCCUCAAUAUCCUCAGCAAUAUUAUACGCCGAUGUUGGCGCAACAGUCUUUCACCAAUAACCAGGGUUGGGACAGCAACCUGCAGUUGCUGAGCCCUGCGCGCAUUCCGUACACCGGUGCGCAGAAGAGAUCUUCGCCCUCGGCCUCGUCGCGCUCAGUUCCUACGGCCAACAACUACCACCGCCGGUCCGACAGCAGUAACAAGCCGUUGCCCACCCCGGUGCAGACCCCUGUCCAGAAUUCAUUCUUGGCCACUCCCUUCCAGAACUUCGACCUUGCAUCUCAAGACGGUCACAAUGCCGAGGCCGAGUCCGCGAUGAGGAAGGCUAUCAUCGACCAGCAGAAGCAGUCACCCUCGCAACAGCUGCAGAAUGACUAUUCGCUGGCUCCCUCGGUCUCAACAAUGAGCCAUAACUCGCCGGUGACUCCGCAGAACAGCUUCGACGAACUCGACGAUGCAAAACCGCUGACCAAUGGUGAGAAUCGAACUCUUGAUAUAGAUCGGUGGAUGGACCAAUACUUACAGCUCGACGCACCUCCAGAUUAUAACAAUGCCAAUGGUGCCAUGUCGAUUGGAGUUCCCAAGCUGAACAGAACCAUUUCCGAUAUAUAUCAAGACGAGCUAUACAACCCCGCUAUCAUGGCCGCGCCCCAGGUGUCCAAGCCAAUGUCACAAAACCAGCUCACCCCGCGCAGUUUCAUUGCCGAUCGACUGCAGGCUGCCAGUCAGGGCCACAUGUCUGCUCGCUCCCAAUCGCCUGCCAACAGACGCGACCGUUCGCCUUUCCGUCCCCAUUCCCCAUUCGCUGGUGACAUGGGCAGCGCUGCACUCCAGCAACAGCCUAUGGCAACUAGUGUCCCUAUGGGACAGAAUGGUAUGAAUGAUAUGAACGGCAUGAGCGGAAUGAACAUGGGCCAGGCAUCGAACACUGGAGAUAUCAAGACCAUGUCCCCCAAGGAUGCGGUUUUGGAUUUCCAGGAUGGAGAUGAUGCCAUGCCUCCUCUCUUCCCACCUGGUCAGGGUGAUUUCAACCUGGGUGAUGCACUUGGCUUGCGACGCGACAGUGGCCCAAUGCGACCGAUGGAAGCAUUGCCUCAAUACACAGCUCCCACCAUGUCGCAGCCUCAGUUCGCAUUCUCUCAACCCCAGCUCCCUCACUCUCAGAGCAACCUCCUCCAGCAGAGCACCGAAUUCCCCUCGUUACCGGGCGUAGAGUCCAACGAGCCUACGCCGCAAAGCCAGAUCAACAUGCCAGUUACAGAGGGUAUCUCCCGCCCGGCUAACACAUCUUCCGAUGCGGGCACCUACACUUGCACCUACCACAAUUGCUCUCAACGCUUCGACACGCCGUCUAGACUCCAGCGACACAAGCGCGAGGCACACCGGCAAACAACCCCGGGCGGCCAUCUCGUCAGCCGCGACACCUCGCUACGCAAUUCCCAGGCUGGCCCGCACAAGUGCGAACGAAUCAACCCUUCUACUGGCAAGGCAUGCAACUCUAUCUUCUCCCGACCUUACGAUCUUACGCGGCAUGAGCACACCAUCCACACCGCUGGGAAGCAGAAGGUGCGCUGUCACAUCUGCAACGAGGACAAGACCUUCAGCCGAAACGAUGCUCUGACAAGGCACAUGCGAGUGGUUCAUCCUGAAAUCGACUGGCCCGGCAAGCAGCGCAGAAGGAGAGACUGA